AUGGCUCUGUUGAAUCAGGAAAUGUACGCAAAUUUUCAAUAUCCAAGCCAUUGCGUCUCAUACGAGAUUAACCAUUUGUAUCCCAUAUACGAGUUUAUACCCAUUGCACGAUAUUUUAUGGUCAAUCCGUUACAAAAAUUACAACAAACAUAUAAUAAAUGUUUUGAAUACGCAAUAAAUGAAUUAAAAUUACGCGAUAAUAAUUACAACGAGAGUAAUGGCCGAGACUUUUGCAGUCAGUAUAUCGACGCUAAACGCCGGGCAGAGGCGGAGGGAAAGCCUGGCUUUGAAUGUUUAAACGAUAAUAAUAUUGCGGCCGUAGUUGUGGACAUGUAUUUCGCGGGAUUGGAGACCAUCGAUUGGCAGCAAAUCAUGAGAAAUGAAGUGAACAAUAGACUGGGCGAUAGGGCACCGGUUGUGACCGAUAAACAGCAUAUGCAUAAUGUUAUGGCAUUCAUAUACGAAACCACCCGUUUUAGAACCGCAGCACCAAUUGGGGCACCGCAUUUGACUUCAUCAGAUACCAUAAUUGGUUAUACUCCAUUUAAAAACCAUGCGGCAAAUACAAAGUUCCCGGCCAAACAAUACUCAUCCAACAUUCGUGGAAUAUAUCAACAAAUAAUACACUAUUUUCAAACGGUGACCAAUUUAAGCCUGAACGUUUUCUUGAUAAGCAAGCAUAUAUACCGUUUGGUGCCGGUAGACGUACGUGUAUCGGAGAAUAUAUGGCCAUAA